UGUUAUACGGUGUACUCCACUUAUUCUGAGCAUAUAACUUUUAAUGUUUAGGAAAUAUGAAAUUGUUUCUCUUUUUGAUGAGGCAUGUUAAGACUGUUUAUAUUUUAACAAAAAACUUAUUAAUUUAUUGCUGAAAAAUGAUUUCCGAAUGUUGACUCACAGCGAGUUCCUAUCUUGAAUAAGCUGUUCACUUUAUAAUAGCAGUGUGUGCUUUUGGGGUCCACCUAUUUUGGACCAAACUAUGGGAAAGGUAUCAUCCGCAGUCUGUCUCUAUAUGCAUGUUAAUUGAGAUACAAGAAACUCAGUGUUUGGGAGUUAUAACUCAGAACAUGUGUUUUCAAUAACCUUUAGAAGAUUUUAUAAUAAAUUCUGAAACCCUCACUAUUCAAGAAUCCAUGCCACCUUUAACUUAAGGUCUUCUUCUCCAGUGCUGCUUUCUCUACAUUGUUAUAAUGUACAGUACAUCCAGAUUAUCUGCCAUGUUCUUUUUUUGUCCCUGAGCAUUAUAAAUACAAACAACCUCAUAAUCACUUUCUCUACAUUGUUAAACGAAGAAUACAAAACAUUUUGCCCCACAUAAGUGGCUUAUGUUCGAUUCUUUCCCUUUAUAUGAAUCAUCCUUGAAGUUAACUUCAAGUCAUUCCCAUUCCCUUUAUAUACUUUAAUUUUUGAUUUACCUUGAUUCCUCCUUAAGAUCAUUCUCUCCCUAUACCACCCUUCGUUUCUCUUCAUUUUCCUCACUUCCCAUGUCUCGUCCAGAAAAAAACCCUCAUUUUUCUCGACCAUCACAGCCUGAAUUCGUGAUAGAUGAUGAUAGAGAUAAACCACAUAUUUCACAUGGGCCACGCCAAAAACGUCGUGCCCAACCACCCCCUCAGGUAAUAGCUGCACCUAUACCUCAGAACGAAGAACGUGUUCCAUUACGACCACCACCUCAACACGAAGACCAUCUUCAAUCACAAGAUCACCCACCUAUUUCGCAAGGACCACGCUCAAAAAGAAGUCCAAGUAAAUAUCCAACAAAUCAAGGUUUGCGACCAGUUAAGUCCUCAAAGGUAAAUUUCCAAGAGCCACCUCCCUCUGCCGAAGCCCCUCCACCGCUGCCACCCUCCGACAAUCCUCCGCUGCCACGCCGUAAGCCCCUCAGUGAUCUCCGCCACACCGGUAUAAAGUUGCCGGAGGAGCAAAAGUCUCCACCUUUGACAUGGUUAGGUGCGUGCUUGUGUGUGAUAUUUUGGCUCAUCAUAAUCAUAGGAGGGUUGAUAGUGCUUAUAGUGUACUUUGUUUUUCGGCCACAAAGUCCUCAUUUUGAUGUGUCUAGUGUGACCUUAAAUGCUGCAUACCUUGACCUUGGAUAUCUGCUGAAUGCUGAUCUAACCAUGCUGGCUAACUUCACAAACCCAAACAAGAAGGUGCAUGUGGACUUCAGCUCUGUCAUCAUUUAUCUCUACUAUGGAAGCACCCUCAUUGCCACACAGUAUGUUGAACCUUUCUCUGCUGCAAGGCUUCAAUCAAGGUUUGCAACGAUCCACAUGGUGUCUAGUCAGGUUCAGCUGCCAUUGAGAGAAAGCCAGCGCCUUGUCAAACAGAUGGAGGGCAAUGGCGUGAUUCUCGAAGUGAGGGGAAUAUUUCGUGCAAGAUCAAAACUGGGAACCAUUUUGAGGUAUUCGUAUAAUCUCUAUGGCCGUUGCAGCGUCAUGCUAACACGUCCUCCUGAUGGCAUUAUGCUCAAAAAGAAAUGCAGAACGAAGCGCUGAAACACUCAUUUAGCACCAAAUUUGAUGAUAUACUUAUAUGUCAAUGUUCUUCAGAAUUCGGGGGUUUUGGUCUUCUUAAUUUGCCCAUUCCUCCUCCAAAAAUAACAUGUUCAAAGCUUAGCCUUUUUCCCCUCCCCGCUACAUGUAAUUUUGUUUCUUCUGGAAAACUAUUAGAGAUUGUUAUAAACUAAUAACAGCAUUCUUAACAAUAGUUCAUAGUAUGAAAAGUAGUAUUAUGUAGUUCCAACAAUGAAAAGGAAGCAACAUAUAUAGCUUCCUACUAAACCAGCCAAAGCAAAAAUUGUUUACA